AUGACACCAAAACUCCAGGCAUCUACGAGGCUUCUGUCAGUCGUGAUCCGAUUGAGCAACGUGGUCGUUCCAACACGCCGCUCCCUCCGAAUCGUCUCAGCACCAGUUUCACCACGUUUGCCAAAAUCUAGGACACAAUCUCCUCAUCCUCUUUCUUACGAACACACUGCACAGAUCGAAGCUGACAUCAGUGAUGGACGAAGUCAUGAACAACGAUUUCGGAGGGCCAAGGAAGCAGUGUCUGCGCCCUUUCUUGAAAAGCAACCCGCCCACAUCGAAGUGAAUUCUGUGGAGGGAGGAGAUAGAACUCGACGAUUACAAAAAAGGAGAUCAUCAGACCCAGCUACAUCUGGCAGAACGUACAGGAAAUCAGAAAAACCAGAUCUGCACCGGCAUAUAGGCCACGCUUUUACACAAAACUCAGACGCUGGACCAAUGAAUGACCGUACGGCCGGCUCAAAGGGUGAGAACGCAAAGCGAGUGGAGCCUCAAGCCGCUGCGGAUGAAGACUUUCAAAGACCACGAGAACAUUGGCAGAUUCAGAAGGAUGCGCUAAAAGAAAAGUUCGGGGAAGAAGGGUGGAGUCCUCGAAAAAAGCUCUCACCUGACACAAUGGAGGGAAUUCGAGCUUUACAUGAACAAUACCCGCAGAAGUAUACUACUCCAGUAUUGGCUGAGCAGUUUAAGGUUUCGCCAGAAGCGAUUCGGAGAAUAUUGAAGAGCAAGUGGCGGCCGUCGCCAGAGAAGAUGGAAGAGAGGCGUGCAAGAUGGGCAAAGAGACACGAUCGGAUUUGGGAUGCGCAAGCUGAAAUGGGCUUGAGACCCAAGCGAACGAAGGAUAGGAAGCCAGAGGGACCAGAAAGUUUAGAUGAUAUCAUACCACCGAUACAAAAUGUUGGUCCGUAA